AUGUUCUAUGCGGUUCUGGGCAUCCCUCUCACCCUGGUCAUGUUCCAGAGCCUGGGCGAGCGCAUGAACACGUUUGUGCGUUACCUCCUGCACAAGAUCAAGAAGUGCCUGGGCUGCAGACGCACAGAAGUGUCCAUGGAGAACAUGGUGCUGGUGGGCUUCCUGUCUUGCCUCGGGACCCUGUGCGUGGGCGCCGGUGCGUUCGCUCACUACGAAGGAUGGAGCUUCUUCCACGCGUACUACUACUGCUUCAUCACGCUCACCACCAUCGGCUUCGGAGACUUCGUGGCUCUGCAGAAGAAAGAAGACCUGCAAGAGAAAACGUCGUAUGUUGCUUUCAGCUUCAUGUACAUUCUGGUUGGGCUCACGGUCAUCGGAGCGUUUCUCAAUCUCGUCGUUCUCCGAUUCCUCACCAUGAACUCUGAGGACGAGAGGAGAGACGCACAGGAGCGGGUGUCCCUCAAGAGGAACAAGGGGCUCUUGGACGGCCGCCUGCGUAUGCAAGGCGAGCGCAGGCAAAGAGCAGCGAACCGGCGUAGACACAGCGCCCUCUUCCUGCCCAUGGAAGAGGGAACCAGCCGGACUAACUUGAUCUCGUCCCCUGUGGAGGAGCAGGAGCGGCGGGGGAGUCCACGCCGAGGCCACAUGCACCUGCACAUCGCCGGGGCCCGCAGACCGCAGUCCAGCUUGAGCUCCCUGUGCUCCUGCGUGUGCUACCGGCUGGGCAUGUGCGACAGUCCCCUCAUGGCCGAAGACAGUGGGUGCCAUCUGAGUUCUGUUUACUAUAACUCCGUGUCCUACAGGAUCGAGGGGUGCAGAGACAAUACUGGCUUCUCCUCACCGGGCAGUGCCUUGUCCCCGAGACACAGCUUUCCAGAUUUUUCCCGAUCCAGGAGAAAAUCGGUGUAA